GCGGUGGUCGCACUACGACCGCAAUGCAUUAUUUUUUGGUUUUCUUCAAGAUGGCGGAUUCGGAAGAGAAAGACAGGUAAGUUUUGAAUUGAUUUUCUAUUUCUAUUCAGAGUUUUUACUUUGCAAUUCUGACUAAAAAGAAAGCUACACAUCAGAACGUUAUCUCUUCGUACUAUUUAAAUCGACAACGUUUGGAAUUCUAUCAAAAAUAUCAUGUCAUUUCAAACCCUUUUAUUUUGCCCGAUUUCAAAGGUGUCUUUAUAUUUGCAUAUAGCAGGUUAACUGUGCAUGAACCAGGUUCGAGUUUCUACUUUAUGUGAUCUACGAUAAUUAUUCGUGUCCUUUAUAUGAUCGCGCCCUCUAGCGCCCCUUGAAUUUGUACCUUUUGGGGACAUUCAUUUCAUGCUAUUUUCUGUGCUGAUUUUAGGUCUUUCUGCGAAGAUCUGUCAAGUUCUACUGCCAUGUUGGGAAAGCGGUCAUGCAUUCCAGAGGGGAAUACGCCUGGGAAAAAAAAAGACAAAGAGAAAGAGAAACGGGAAAGGCAACACAGUGAAAAAGUCAUUGUUUGAUAAUAACAUGAUUCAGGGAGAUGGCCAAAAAUUUGUCAAUGGUACUGUUUGGGUGACUGCAGAAUUGGCUGCAUUGGUUCAGCACAUAUGCUUGUAUUGGGAUGAUGCACACACUGAUAAAUGGCCAAAAACAAAAAACAUGAAAUUUUGGAAUGAAUGUGCGGUAUCUGUCAAUAAAAUGUGUAGUACUUCUCGAACAGGUUGGUUAUUUCAAUCUCCAGUUGCAUAUAUUAAUUUCUAAAAUCUAUUGUAACAGUUGUAGUUUGUAUUUGCAUUAGCUGUGUAGAUGGUAUAUUGCAGGUUUCUGUACAGUUAACAGUGGAAAAGAUUUUCACUUUUGGUGUAUUUUGUUCAAAAGAAUUUGAUGUUGAAGAUUUUUGGAGUUUGCAAUUUCCAGAAAAAAUCAUUAACACAUUAAUGGGUCAUUCCAGAAAACAUCCAUACCUCCCCCACGGAGGAAAUAGGAAGUUAACUCCCUACCCCCUUCAGAUGUCGUAAUACAUUUACUAUUAUCAGAAACAAUAUUUCCUCCCCUCCCCCUCCGGACGGCAGAAAUUUCCUCCUUGGGGGGAGUUAGGAUCUUUUCUGGAACGACCGAAUGCCAGACAUAAAUGUCGGCUGGAGCAGUUGGAAAAAAGCACAACAAUAGCCCUUCUGGCAACAGCCAACAGGUGCCCAAUGUGCAGUUUAUAACAACUAUGGAAUCUUCAAUAGGUUCCAUAAAAUAAAUGCAACAGUAUAAUUGUUUGGUAUCUUUACAGUCAUUUUCAACUGACUUUACAUACCUAAUAUUUUCAUACCUAAAUUAGUAAAUACGAAGUUGGUAACAAUGAAUUAAAUUUUUUUGUAGGCUCAUCAUGUAGGACUAAAGUCACAAAAUUUUUGGUUAAGAAGUUUGCAACAUUGUCUGAUGCAGAGGAAUUCUAUAAUAUUGAUUAUGUUACCAGUGCAACCAAUUCCAAAGACUUUGUUUCCAAUUCAACCCCAGCAAAGCAGACCACCAGUGAAAUAAAUUAA